AUGGCCGAAAGUAGAUUUUCGUCUACAAUGCAAGCAUCAACAAGCUCGUCAUCGUCUAUUAUGGCGAGAAAUGCUAUGAUGAAUGCAAAAUUAAAUGUGGAGACAUUUGAUGGUAUCGGUCAUUUCGGUAUGUGGCAAAGUGAGAUUAUAGACGCGCUCUUUAAUCAAAGUCUAGACAUUGCUAUCGAAGAAGAGAAAUCAGAAGAUAUUGAAGAGAAGGAAUGGAGGAUGCUAAAUAGUUUAGCGUGUGGUACAAUUCGAUCGUGUCUUUCAAGGAAACAGAAAUAUGUGUUCUCAAAAGAAACUUCUGCAAAUAAAUUGUGGACUGGAUUGGAGGAGAAGUUCUUGAAGAAAAAUUGUCAGAACAGACUCAAAAUGAAGAAGCAUUUAUUUCGUUUCACUUAUGUUCCCGGCACAACUCUAAAUGAUCACAUCACUAAUUUAAAUCAGUUAAUCACUGAUCUAAUGAAUUUUGAUGUGACAUUUGAAGAUGAAGAUUUGGCUCUCAUGUUGUUGGGAUCUCUUUUUGAGGAGUUUGAACAUCUUGAAACAACUCUACUCCAUGGGAAAGUUGAGGUGUCCCUUAGUGAAGUUAGCUCUGCCAUGUACAGCUACGAGCUCAGAAGAAAAGACAAGCAAAGUAGCAGAGAUGGAGCAGCAGAAGCUCUGAAAGGGCACUGGAAGAAGGACUGCCCAAAACUGAAGAGUAGACCUGACAAAGAAAAAGCUGUUGCGGAUUCAAAUAUAACUGAGUGCAUUGAUCAAGACUCAGACUUUUCAUUAGCUGUCAUGCCUACUGGUCAUUCUAGUACAUGGCUAUUGGACUCAGAAUUGAAAAAGAACCUCAUUUCUGUGGGAGUACUAGAAUCAAUAGACUACAAGGUGUCAGCAUAUAAUAGAGUGAUGAAAAUCAUUUCAGGUGCAUUGGUGCUGGUGAAAGGAAUCCGAAAAAAUAAUAACUUGUAUUACUAUCAAGAUAAUACAGUUGUUGGAGUAACGGCAGUGGCUUCUAGUGAUGAUCGAGAAUUGAAAGUGGCCAGAUUAUGGCAUAUGCGCUUAGGGCAUGCUGGAGAAAAAUUCUUGAAUCUUCUGAUGAAUCAAGGACUAUUGAAAGGAGCUACUGUUUGCAAGUUAGAUUUUUGCGAGCAUUGUGUCAAAGGGAAGUAG